CUCGGACCUGGAAGAGACGGAAAAAAAAGUACGAAAAAGUACUGCUCUUAUGUACAAAUUGGGUGCCACAACUAUCUCACCUUAUUACACCCGACAGACUCUUAUUACACCCGACAGACUGGCACUGGGACCUAACAGCAUGGCCUGGUCAAUAAGCGACACAAAGGAACUACCUGAUCCGCGAGUGAUGAACUGA